AUGGACCGUAAAUCGCGUACUUCAAGAUCAGCAACACUGGAAGAAACCAAUGAGGAAGUCAGUCUAUGGAAACAAAUAUGCAACUCUCUUUCAAAGCUGGAGAAUGUUCAAGAAAACAUCACUACUAUCGUCACGAGUAUCAAUCAUCUUCAUACCACUGUGAAUACAGAAGAUGGGGUUCCGCCUCGGAUAGGCGACAAGUUAACAGAGUAUUAUAAAGGGGGCAUUGACUUGACCCAGCAUGAAGCAAAGACGAUUAAUGAUAUCAUUGAGAAAUUAUCGGUGCUUAUUGCACUAAGAGAUGCCUCUGAAUAUAGUUAUGGUAAUGGCGUCUUGGCAUUUGGCACUUCUGUCGCUGCAAAACAACCUAAACAGAAGGAUAAAAAUGAGGAAUGGAUCUUGGCUGUUGUAUUAAACUAUAAUAACGAAAAGAACAAGUAUGAAGUGGAGGAUGUCGAUCAGGAUGAGUUUGGGCAAAAGCAACGAUAUCUAUUACAACCAAGAAAUGUGAUCCCUAUACCAAGCGCAGAGGAGGCCAAAUCGAUGUUGGAAUUCAAUUCUGGACAAGAUGUACUUGCACUCUAUCCAGGUACUACUUGUUUUUAUCGCGCAAAGGUCAUCGCGUCCCCAUCUAAGGUAAGCAGAGAUGCGCUUUUUGAGCACCAUGGGCUUACGGUGAUCUGA